CAGAGAGCAUUCGGAGGGGCCGAAUCGUCUGCAGAUCCAUUUUUCCGUUGAACUAGCCUGAAUGGUUGGAGUGGUCGACUGUACUUGGAUGGUUUUGUGGUGCCUGCCAGUGUUGUGACUUGCCGUGGUGCUGCUUAAACCUGUCUUUCCCACCCUCGGUUGAGUGCGUCGGUCCCUGCCUGGAUCCUCAUUUUUAGUGGCUUGACUGUGAGGAGAAAGAAAACAACAGACAGAGAGAGACACAGAGACAGAGAUUCCAUUCCACAGUUUUGGGUGGCACAUGAAAAUCCCCUGAUUCAUACCCUGUUCCACUUCAGGAAAAGUGUCCGAGGGUGAUUGUCACAAGUGUUCCAGUUUUCAGCGACCAAAUAGAGUGUGGAACUUUGUCAGUUCUUCUACAAUCCCCGUGAGUUUGGCAUACAAGAGCAACAGAGCACAGCAGGUGAGGGAGGAUGUUCUGAAUAAGAUUGCCGGUUUCAAACAAGAACACAAGGCCAUCAAACAAUCAGCCUUGCCACCUUUUCUACAUCAUCGAAGGGCUUCCCACUAUGGAUCCGAGGAAAACGUUAAAUUUGUCAAUUCGAGGGUAGGCGUGUUCCUCCUCCGUCCCCAGAGACUAGUUCUUUCAUUCGAUCCCACCCGGCACAAAACCCAAUCAUCUUCUGAAGAUGAUUUUGAGGAAACACUCCAUAUCCUUGGCCAACUCUAAAGAGAUGCUGCAGAUCUUCCUAGUAUUAUUGUCCUCCCUCCAGGCUUUAGCCAUUGUGAAAGUUCCUUCCGGAAGAUUCAUUCAGAGUCCGCCCAGGAUUAUCAAGCAACCUCCCACAGAUGAACUCCUCUUUCAAGUCAAAUCUCGAGCGGAUGAGAAUGACAAGCCAUUCAUAAUCGAGUGUGAAGCUGAUGGAGAACCCGCUCCCUUAUAUCGGUGGAGUAAGAAUGGCAAGCCUUUCGACUGGCAAGUCUACGAUGACCGGAUAUCUCAACAACCUGGACGAGGCACCCUCGUGAUCACCUCCCCUCGAGACGAAGAUAUUGGUCAAUAUCAAUGCUUCGCCACAAACGAAUGGGGCACAGCCACGACAAAUUCAGUUUUUGUCAGGAAAUCCGAAUUGAACAACUUCAAGGAUGAGCCUCCAAAAACGGAAACCGUGGAAGAGGGUUUGCCCUUCGGAAUUGUGUGUUCAUCUCCGGAUGGUUGGCCGCCCCCAUCCGUCUACUGGAUGUUGCAGGGUCAAAAUUGGUUGAAAACCAUCAAUUCCUCUCGACUGACCGUUGACCCUGAGGGCGAGUUGUGGUUCUCCAAUGUGACGCGAAAAGAUGCUUCCGAGGAUUUCUUGUACGCUUGCUCCGCGGCUUCUUAUUUUAGAAACGAGUACAAGCUCGGAAAUCGGGUCCAUUUGCAAGUGAUCCAAUCUGGAUCCUCGGCUGGACUUCAGAAUAAACACGAGCCCGUGAAGCAGUACUGUAGCAAGCGAAACGAAGUCACGUACCGAGGCAAGGAGAUGAAACUCUGGUGUAUUUAUGGAGGUACACCCUUGCCGGAAAUACGUUGGAGGAAACAGGGUGGAGCACUUCCAUGGGGUCGAACCACUUUCGAUAAUUACGGCAAGACACUUGUGAUCAAACACGUGGACUUUGAAGACGAGGGCGAUUACACUUGCGAAGCCUCCAACGGGGUGGGGUUGGCUCAAUCGUACUCGAUUAACCUGAAAGUCCUGGCCAAGCCGAGGUUUUUGAUCGAGCCUGAGAUUCAGACUGCUGCUGAAGGGGAAGAAGUAACGUUCGAGUGCGAAGCCGACGGCAAACCAGAUCCCAGGAUCGUGUGGAUCCACAAUGGACAACCAUUGGUUGACAACGACAAUCCCAAUCGCUUUGUCUCGCCAUCCAGGAUCACCAUUAAGAAUCUGAAGAAAGGCGACACCGGUAAUUACGGAUGCAAUGCCACCAACGAAGUAGGCUAUGUGUACAAGGAUGUCUAUGUCAACGUCCUGGCCUUACCACCGGAGAUCACAACUGGCCCGGAGAAAAUGGCCCAAACCGUGGAUGGUAAAACAAUAACGUUAACCUGUCGGACCUUUGGGGCCCCAAGGCCCAUUGUGAAAUGGUUCCACGAUGAUGACGAACUCACGGGAGGCAGAUACGAAAUCACAACUGAGGGAGACUUGAUGAUUCGAGAGGUCAAGUUUUUCGAUGCGGGCGACUACUUGUGUAAUGCAACCAAUAAAUUUGGCUGGCAGAGUGCCAAGGGCUCAUUGGUGGUGAAGGAACACACUCGCAUCACUGGCAGUCCGCAAGAUUACGAGGUCGAAGCCUCGGAUUCAGCAACUUUUCGUUGCAACGCCGUUUACGACUCUGAUUUGCAUCUGGCCAUCAAAUGGCUCAAAGAUGGCGAGCUCAUUGACUUUGAUGUGGAACCAAGGUUCAUCCAAUCUUCGGAUCAAUCCUUGACUAUCACGAAGACCACAGAGUUGGAUUCGGGCCGAUACACUUGUCGAGCAGAAUCUGAUCUGGAUUUUGCAGAGGCCAGCGCAACUCUAAUCGUGCAAGACGUACCUAAUCCCCCUCAAUUACGAUGGGUGGACUGCAACGCAAAGGAUGCGACUGUGGUCUGGCAACCAAUGGGAGACAAUCGAGCUCCCAUCCUCACCUACAAGAUCCAAUACAAUACCUCGUUUACUCCAGACACUUGGGAGACUGCUACAGAUAUCGUACCUGCUACUGACACGUCGUUUAAAGUGAGCAUGUCCCCCUGGUCGAACUACACGUUUCGUGUGAUCGCUAGGAACAAAGUGGGAGAGUCUCUUCCCUCUGGUCACUCAAAGACCUGUCUAACUCCAGAGGAUGUCCCUUCCAAGAAUCCAGACAAUGUUGAAGGACGAGGAACGGCUCCAAAUAAUCUCGUUAUCUACUGGACGCCUAUGCCAGAGAUCGAGCACAAUGCUCCCAAAUUCAAGUACAGGAUUUAUUGGAGACAAGAUAAGCCCGGAGAGAGAUGGAAGAUUGAAGAUCUCGCAGAUUGGAGACUGAAAGAGAUAUUGAUUCCUAAUCAGCCCACGUACUCCAAAUACAAAAUCAAAGUGGUGGCACAUAAUCAGAAAGGUGAAGCGAACGUAGCGGCAGAAGAGGUUUUAGGAUACUCCGGAGAAGAUAUCCCAGCCGAAGCACCUACAUCUUUUGCUUUACAAGAAGUAGUUGGUCCUCGAUCGGCCAUUGUUUCUUGGGAAGGGGUUAACAAGGAUUCGAUCCGUGGAGAGUUUAAGGGAUACAAGAUCCAAACUUGGACUCUGGAAAGUGGAGAGGAGAAGUUCCGUGAGAUCAUCAUGAAAAGCGACUCCACGAGGUCUUUGGUCCAAUCAUUCAAGCCAUUUGCCACAAAUUUCGCACGCGUGCUAGCCUUCAACGGAGCUUACAACGGACCACCAAGCAACAUCAUUAGCUUUAAUACCCCAGAGGGCAAACCGGGUCCAGUGGACAUGUUGGAAUGCUUUCCAAUGGGCAGUUCAGCGCUUCUCUUGGCCUGGAAACAACCCCAAGAGGUCAAUGGUGUUCUAACUGGCUACCGCAUCUAUUAUCAAGAGGUAGACGGCACCAAACUCGGUCCUUUGUUGGAACGCGAACCCCGAAUCAUGAAGAACCGAACGGACAAAGCCAAGUUAGCGGGCUUGGAGGCCUAUUCAAAAUACCGAGUGACCAUUAGAGCAACCACCUCAGCCGGCGAAGGCAUGCCUUACUACACGGAAUGCGAUACCAACCCUCAAUCCGAUGAGCCUCCAAGUCGCCCUCGCUUCAAGUACAUCAUCAUGAAUGCCGAAAAUGGGUUCGCCCGUAUCAAAGUCACGUGGAUGCCUCAUAUUGAGGGGAAUCCAGGCUCUCACUUUUACGUUCAGUAUAAGAAGGACAUGGAGACCCAAUUCUUAUCCUCCAACGAGGAGCUGAAUGAGGAUAGCAUAGUGGUUCGGGGUCUCGAUCCCGACGAAACCUACGACUUCCGAGUGGUGGCCGUUGACGGCAAGCAUCAGACACCUUCACGAAUCCUUCCAGUCUACACUUACUCAAGUUUACCUUCCUCGGGGGCGUCCGGUUACGAGCCCAUUGCACACUCUGGCUGGUUCAUUGGCAUGUUGGCCGCAGUGAUCUUCUUGCUGUUGAUCUGCUUGGCCGUGUGCAUCGUUAAGCGCAACCGUGGCGGAAAAUACGCCGUCCAAGAAAGCGAGGAGAGGCAGGGGCGUCGUGAUCCCUACGACGAAGGCGGAUUCCCUGAAUACACGCAACCAUUGGACGACCGCCAUCUUGGAGGUGGCGGAACGAUGACCUCUGAUCUCAAACUCCCUCCAGAAUCCGACACCGAUAGUAUUGCCGAUUACGCUGAUGGAGAGAACACGGGUCGAUUCGAGGAGGAUGGAUCGUUUAUCGGUCAGUACGGAACGAUCCGUAAACAACAACUUCAACAACAACAACAACAACAACAGCAGCGGAUACCGCCCAAUUCAAUCCUCGCCCCUGGAACAUUUGUGUGACCAUGGUGAUCUGUGUUCAUGUCAAAAGAAUGAGUUUCUCAAUCUGCAGCACUGCCUCAUCAUAAUCAUCACUUCUUGAGCAUUCCGUUAUUCCAUGGAACUUCUCUGUGUUGUUCCAGAUUUGCCUUACGAGUAGAUGAGAGACAGACAGAAGAAUACCAGAACAAGUGCUUUUUCCACUGUGAUUUCCCCCCCUCCCAUGAAAACAAACAAUCUCUCAUUCUCUUUUGCUAUUGUCUGUGUUCUGUGCUUUAUGACGACAUUUUUGUACUCACGAUCCGUUCGUUCACCAACAACGGUGCAUAUGAAGAGACGCCCUGCCCUCCCUCUCCCACAACUUCACAGUAGUUUACAAUGGUCUCAAUUUUCCCUCAUUCGCACAGCACGGUCAUGGAUCGAAGGCAUUACGAUGAUUUCAUGUUGAAAAUAUAUUUGUAACUGAUGACUA